AUGGAUAAACCUCGUUGGAAAGAGUGUGAGCACCAAGGAUCAUCUCGAGAUUCAAACGGUGAAGAUCAUUUGAUCGCCAAACUAACAGCAAGGAAUUUUGCUACUGUGGCCGGACGUAUAGUUCACCAAACUAAUUGGACACUGAACGCAAGAUAUCAAUACACCCUAUCAACAAAACAAUUCGUUCAGUCAUAUUUUCAAGAUCUAUACCAAAGUCCUUGUAUGUUAUUACAGCAGCAGGAAACUUAUCGGAUGACUCAAAUUAGGAAUAUCGCGGUUCCUUCGGACACGUCCGACAGAGACCAAUCACGUGAUUUUGCUCUUAUGCAAAAAAUGCGGCAUCAUGACAUAUCAUCGUACCCUCAACCCAAACUAUCUGGAAUGCAUAGUUUUAACAUUGCUAUCCUGGAAAUUUCACUUGGAAAAAACCAAAUUCUUAGAAAAAAUUCGUUUUCUUUGGAAAUAUCAGAUACAUAUGACACACCUCAGUGUGUUUGUUUAAUUCCCUUGGAAUCUAUCCAUGCAGAGAACGAAUUAAUUACUACUUCUUGGGUACUUUGUAGAGCUCCCGAAGGAUCCUAUAUAAUAGUUCUGGAAUAUGCCGAAUUAGGCGAAUUACGCGAAUAUUUAAAAGAGAAAUUCGCUGAAAUUACGUGGAAAGAAAAGAUUAACAUUUGUAGGCAGAAAAAUAUUCUGACCAUAUUAAGUGGUAAAAGGGAAACUCCGGUACCAGGCACACCUUGCGAGUAUAUAGAAAUCUAUCGAAGAUGCUGGGACGAGGACCCUAACAGACGUCCGAGUGUUCAUGAUGUAUUCGAAAGACUUGGUGAGAAAAUUAUGGUUACAGGACCUAUAUUUAAAGAGCAGGAAAAAUGCUGUGAGAAUCAUCCCCAUCGUGAAUUAACCCCCAAAUGGUUAGAAACAAGAACUUCUGAAACCGAUUCUAUAUCUUCAUUAAGCUCGACUUCAAAUG